UACUUUCUAUUAUUCAGAUCUAACAAACUCUUCUCUCUCUAUCAUGGUGAGUGUAUGAGUAUAGUGCAGUGAAGCACUCAAGCUCCAACAAGUAUGAUAUCAGCUGAGGCACCUAUUUUGUUUGCUAAGGCGUGUGAAAUGUUUAUUAUGGAGCUUGCAACAAGAUCAUGGGCUAAUGCAGAGGUGAACAAAAGAAAUACACUUCAAAAGACUGAUAUUGCAUCUGCUGUCUCAAGUAAUGCAGUGUUUGAUUUCCUAGUUGAUAUUGUCCCCAGGGAAAAAACAAUGGAGCGUGACAUAUUUAUGGGUAUACCAAGAAGAGAAAAUGUUCGAAAAAUGUUCCUUAUUAUCUACCUAUACCUACCUAUGCCGGUUCAUGUUCCACCUCAAUAUGCUGCAGGUCCAUCAUAUGGUCCUCCAAGAAUGCUUAUGGGAAGACAUCUUCCCAAUCAACCUCCAUCACAUCCUUUUGCAAAUCAAAUAUUUCCGACCCCAAAGAAAGAAAACGACCCUUCUACUGAUUUUUCAAAUUCAGACGAUUAAAGCAG